CGACUAUCACUCAUCUCUGAACUUUUUGGAACGCAGCUGCAUGAAUUGUCGUAGUUGAGCGAAUUUAAACAAAUUAACACAAUACUUGUGGUAUUACCUGAAAUCCGCUGACACCGAAAAAAGCGACGAAAGCAGCGCCAAGUCGCCGAAUCGCAGAGUACCUGGAAUAGGAAUAGUGCGUCCCCAGUAGAGGCUAAACUGAACAGCAGACAUGGCUGCGCCGGUCAUUGUCGAGGCCACGGUCAAGCAAACCGCCACGCUGAUCUUCAUGCACGGCCUGGGUGAUACGGGUCAUGGCUGGAGCAGUGCCCUAGCCGCCAUCCGCCCACCUUUCAUGAAAGUCAUCUGCCCCACGGCGCCCACACAGCCCGUUUCGCUGAACGCCGGCUUCCGCAUGCCGUCGUGGUUUGACCUGAAGACGCUGGACAUCGGUGGGCCCGAGGACGAGCCGGGCAUCCAGUCGGCGCGUGAUAGUGUGCACGGUAUGAUCCAGAAGGAGAUUAGCGCUGGGAUUCCGGCCAAUCGCAUUGUCCUGGGCGGAUUCUCGCAGGGCGGAGCCUUGGCACUGUACUCGGCACUCACGUACGAUCAGCCGCUGGCCGGCGUGGUGGCCCUAUCCUGUUGGCUGCCGCUGCACAAGCAGUUCCCAGGCGCCAAGGUGAACAGCGAUGAUGUGCCGAUUUUCCAGGCGCAUGGCGACUACGAUCCCGUGGUGCCGUACAAAUUCGGCCAGCUGAGCGCCAGCCUGCUCAAGUCGUUCAUGAAGAAUGUGACGUUCAAGACGUACAGUGGACUAUCGCACUCGUCGUCCGACGACGAAAUGGAUGACGUCAAGGACAUCAUCAGUAAAUGGCAACAGGCAAACAAUCAUCUGUAGAGCCGCGGCCCCACUGGCUACCAAUUGAAAUUCGCAUUCUUCACUUGUUAAACCAAUGGCAAUAUACGAACCGGUUGUUCAGAUUAAACGACUCCCUCGGGCCCUCAAAUGCACACCCUCUCAGAUUCUUUAUAAGCACACAUAUUCCACCUGCUAAUCCAGUAGUCCUGCCGCACCACUCACCAUCUCUCAUCUCGAUCUAUAUAUUUGCAGACACAGUGGGAUAGCCAGAACAUGGCUAGAAAGGCGCAAUGCUGCCAGUUAUCGUAGUAGCAACCAGUGCUAGUUGUAGUGAAGGUUCCUUCCUCAAAUCAAGCAAAUCAAAGCUCCUCAGCCUAGUCAGGACGUCUCGGGCCGCACGAGAAUUGUAUUUUAGUAAUUAUUUUGUACAUACACACGAUGAAGUUGGUUAAGAAGUUGAAGUUGGUUCACCUGGUGAAGUGACAGGCAAUCCAUUUGCCGUAGCGAAUGGCCAAUAAAGUUAUUUGAAGCUCUC